AUGGAGGGUGUCACAAAUUUUCCUCCGCCGGCCGAACUACUUCCUUCUGGUCUCAAUUUUGAAUCACCGUUGUUUUCGUUCGAAUUCGGGUUUAAUUAUGUGUGGAUUUUGAUAAUUCUACACUCGAAGUUUCAUUUCAGAUUGGUUGAUUUUGAGUUUGUUCGAUUUCUGUGUGUGUUUUCCUUGAUCGAUCCAGAACAGUUAGACUUCAGAUCUUAA